GGUGGGUAGGUGCUAGCCGACUGUGAGCUUCCGCUUGUCGGGCGGGAGAGGGGAACGGUGGCAGCGCGCUCCUCCCGCCUCUCCGUGGGACCGGAGGGGGAGAGCCGGCUAACCCUGCGACAGCCCCCCAGCGCCCUCGUGCGGCCCGAUGGCGGUGCCCGUGCACCCCGCGCAGGUUUUGGUGACCUUCAAGGAUGUGGCUGUGACCUUCACUCGGGAAGAGUGGGGGCAGCUGGACCUGGACCAGAAGGCCCUGUACCAGGAGGUGAUGCUGGAGACCUAUGGGCUUCUGGUCUCACUGGGGCAUCCGGUCCCCAAACCAGAGUUGACCCAUCUACUGGAGUGUGGGCAGGAGCUAUGGAAAGGAAAGAGAGGCCUCUCACAUAGUACCUGCUCAGGUGACGACACAAAACUUCAGAUCAGGAACCCAAGCACUUCUCCACUGGUUUUGUCUGAGGGAGCUUUGCUCCAGGGAAGCCUGACUCAGGGAUCUUCAGGGGACUCCAGGUUGGCGCAUGCCAGAGGUUGGGAAGGGCUUUUGAAUGCCAGAAAUGGUCAAUUGAGACCUGGGACAGAUGCUCAAAAGGAGACCCAUCUUGAGAGAAUGAGCCUUGAAAAUGAUGGUUUGGGGACAGAUGAUAGUCUGCACUCCAGGAUAUUACAGGAGAGAGUCUCUCAGGGACAUGUUCUCCAUGAAUGUGAUCCACAGGGACCAAGUAAAGGCCAUAUGAUUCAUGCAGGGAAUAAUCUCUCCAAAUGCAAGCAGUGUGGGAAAGGUUUUAACCGGAAGUGGUACCUCGUUCGACAUCAGCGGGUUCAUACUGGCAUGAAACCCUAUGAAUGUAACGCAUGUGGGAAAGCCUUUAGCCAGAGCUCAACCCUUAUUCGGCACUACCUCAUUCACACUGGGGAGAAACCAUACAAGUGCAUGGAGUGUGGGAAGGCCUUCAAACGCAGGUCUUACCUCAUGCAACACCAUCCAAUUCACACUGGAGAGAAGCCCUACGAGUGCAGUCAGUGUCGAAAGGCCUUCACCCACCGCUCAACUUUUAUUCGGCAUAACAGGACCCACACUGGAGAAAAACCCUUUGAGUGCAAAGAAUGUGAGAAAUCAUUCAGCAACAGAGCACAUCUGAUUCAGCACUAUAUCAUCCACACUGGAGAAAAGCCCUACGAUUGCAUGGAGUGUGGGAAGGCCUUCAGAUGCAGCUCAGAACUCAUGCAGCACCAGCGGAUUCACACCGGGGAGAAGCCCUAUGAGUGUGCCCAGUGUGGGAAAGCCUUUCACCGGAGCACAUACCUCAUUCAGCACUCUGUCAUCCACACGGGGGAGACGCCAUAUAAGUGCCUCGAGUGUGGGAAGGCCUUCAAACGCAGGUCACACCUCCUGCAGCACCAGCGGGUUCAUACUUGAAAGAAGCCCUCUCAGUGCUGUGGAUGCAGAAAGGCCUUCACCCACUGCUACUCUUUUGUCCUUCAUAAGGGGAUCCACACUGAAGGAAGAAAAAAAAAACAAAACAAAAACAAAAAACCUUUUCAGUUUAAAGAAUGUCGGAGAGGUUUUUUUGGUUGGCUUUUCAAACACAUGAGUUGUCACACUGGAGAUGAAGCCUGUGAAUGUAGUGAGCAUGAGAAAGCCUCUAGCCACUGCUCUGCCCCCACUCAUCAUUGGAUUCAUACCAGAGAGAAUUUCGAGAAGGCAGAUCACCUGUGAGUCCACCUCUGUCAACAUCAGAGAAAGCUCUGAGGAAACACAUUCUGAACACAACUAUUGAAGAGGUUUUAGCCAGAAGAAUCUUACCUGCCAUCUGAGAAUUCAUAACCAACAGGAGUCACAUCAUUGCCAGUGCUGUGAGAAAACUUAGGUCAGCACUUAACUGUUAAGAGUCAGAUGGAAUGGGACGCUGUGUGGGCCUUAUUAUGCCCAUGAGGAGGAUAUAGGAAAUGGACAGUGGGUACUGUGCACUUACAAAGACCUCCAACCACAGGUCUGCCCCUUGGUUGACACUUAGAAAGCCAUCUCAGCAUUAUUUUUAUUUUAUUUUUUUUAAGAUUUUAUUUAUUCAUUCAUGAGAGACAGAGAGAGAGGCAGAGACACAGACAGAGGGAGAAGCAGGCUCCAUGCAGGGAGCCCGACAUGG